AUGAAGAAGCUGGAAGAGCUGAUGAAGCGGUUGAAUAAAGACAAUGCCUUCCAGACAGCACAACAGUUGGAGCAAGAGAAUAAGCUCUUUAAUAUGGAUCUGCAACGGAUGCAGGAGCUGAUGAAGCAACUGGAAAUGCAGAUGCGCAUGGAAGACCUGGCCAAUAAGCUGGAUAAGCUGGCCACACAACAAGGUGAUCUUAAAAAAGCAACAGACAAUAAGCGGAAGGAAAGUCAGGCACUCAGUAAGGAACAGAAAGACCUGAAGAAGGAACUGGAUAAGACGAUGAAUGAAGACAUGAAGGAACUAAAAGACCUGAAUGACAAAUCGCAGAAAAAGCAGGACCUUGAUGAUAGUAAGGAGGCGGGGCAGAAAGCGCAGCAGGAUAUGCAGAAAAGCGGUGAAGAGCUGGAUCAGAACCAGAACAGCAAAUCCAGCCAGAGUCAGAAGCAAGCCCAGGAAAACCUGCAAAAAAUGGCCGACGAUCUGCGCAAGCAAAGCGGCGGCAUGGACCAGAAGCAGAUUGAAAUAGAUAUAAAGGCCACACGCCAAUUGCUCACAAAUCUCAUUCGCCUCUCCUUCGACCAGGAGAAGCUGAUGGACAAUGUAAAGCAUACCGCUACUUCCAGUAAAGAAUACCUGGUGAAUCAGUCGGAACAAAGCCGCCUGCAUGGCAACUCCCAGAUGAUACGGGAUAGUUUGUUUUCACUGAGCAAACGGGUGUUUAAACUAGCGCCCACCAUCAAUAAAGAGACCACAGACCUUGAGCGGCAGAUGAAGGCGGCAACUUCCUCGUUGGAAAGUCGCAUGAAUAUGGAUGCGCUGGUGAAGCAACAAUAUGUAAUGACGCAUACCAAUAACCUGGCCCUGAUGUUGAAUGAGUUGCUGAGCAACCUGAUGCAGAUGCAAAACCAGGCAAAACAGCCAGGUAGCGGAUCGUGCAGCAAGCCGGGUGGGAUGAAUCCCAAGCCGGGCGCCGGUGC